AUGCGGUGUGGUCGCUGGAAUUUGGAUGCCUCGGCCGGUUUUUUUGGUUGCUGGACCUACUGGAUUGCUGCUGCAGCAGAAAGCUCUUUCAAGGUGUACCAAGUACCCUGCUGCUCCUUUACAUACAUCUUGCCCGUCACAGUUCCCCUUACACACUUUUGUAUUGAUAUACCUGUUCCACCUACAUCUCCUCUUUUCAAUCUCGUCUCUCCAUCUGUUCGAUCCAUCUAUAUACCCUCUCGUUUCUAUCUUCGAAGCUUCAUAUCUAUCACAAUGGGUGCCCUCGAGAGAUUGACUCAGCUUGGCGGCCAGUUCUCCGCCGGCGGCAAGGACAAGAUCCUCCAGAAGAACGCCGACGAUGUCGUCGUCACCGCAGCACUCCGAACUCCCUUCACCAAGGGUGGCAAGGGUGGGUUCAAGGACACCCAGGCCGCCGACCUGAUGGCUGGCGUCCUCAAGGCCCUCCUCGACCGCUCCAAGAUCGACCCCGCCCUCGUCGAGGAUAUCGCCGUCGGCACCGUCCUGGCCCCCGGCGGUGGUGCCACCGAGAUGCGUGCCGCUGCCCUCGUCGCCGGCUUCCCCCAGACCACUGCCGUGCGCACCCUCAACCGCCAGUGCUCUUCUGGUCUGCAGGCUUCCGUGGACAUUAUCAACGCGAUCAAGACCGGCAUGAUUGAGGUCGGUAUCGGCGCCGGCGUCGAGAGCAUGUCAACGCAAUACGGCCCCGCCGCCGUCUCCGAGUUCUCUGAGCUCCUCGAAAACACUCCCGAGGCCGCAAACUGCAAGGUCCCCAUGGGCGUUCUCUCCGAGAACAUGGCCCAGGACCUCGGCAUCCCCCGCACCAAGCAGGACGCCUUCGCCGCCGCCUCAUACGCCAAGGCCACCAAGGCCCAGGCUGAGGGUCUCUUCGACCAGGAAAUCACCCCCCUCAAGGUCAAGUGGGAGGAUCCCAAGUCUGGCGAGACCAAGGAGAUCACCGUCGCAAAGGACGACGGCAUCCGCGCCGGCGUCACCGCCGAGUCCCUGGCCAAGAUCAAGCCCGCCUUCGCAAAGGACGGCGGCAUCCACGCCGGUAAUGCCUCCCAGGUGUCCGACGGCGCCGCCGCCGUGCUCUUCAUGAAGCGCUCGACCGCCGAGCGCCUCGGCCAGCCCAUCCUCGGCAAGUUCGUCUCCGCCGCCAUCGUCGGCCUGCCGCCGCUGCUCAUGGGCCAGGGUCCCGCCAAGGCCAUUCCCGUCGCCAACGCCAAGGCCGGCAUCGCGACCGAGGAUGUCGACAUCUACGAGAUCAACGAGGCGUUCGCGUCGCAGUGCUUGUGGAGCGCCGAGCAGCUCGGCAUCCCGUUCGAAAAGGUCAACCCCAAGGGCGGCGCCAUCGCUUUCGGUCACCCGCUGGGCUGCACUGGCGCGAGGCAGAUCUCGACGCUGCUGUACGAGCUCAAGCGGACGGGUAAGAGGAUUGGCAACACGUCUAUGUGUAUCGGUACCGGUAUGGGCAUGAGCGCCGUCUGGGUUGCCGAAUAA